AUGUUACCCAUUAUUCUAUUGCUUAGUUCUUGUUUAAUAUCAACAUCACAAUCGCAACAACUUUUUGACUGUGAUUUUGAAGAAUCAUGUGAACAUUUUCUAUUUGAUUCUUAUUGGAUUGUCGAGAAUGUUUCAUCACAUGCUGAUCAUACUUAUGGAAAUUUGUCUGGUCAUUACAUAACGUACACGAAUUCUUCAGUAUUACAACCUUUUACUACGACACUUCGUACAAGAGAUUGGAUAAAUACAUCAUCGAACUUAACAGCAUGGUUUUCAAAUUGGAUCUAUUCAGGACCAGGUGGAGUUUAUUACAAGUUAGAACUUGCGCAAGGUGAUGAUUUACAAGCUCGAAUUCCAGUAGGCAUUAUUGGAUUUAAUUUCGAUAAUCCACAAUGGCGUCAUGCUUCUGUAGAAAUGCCAUAUGCUAAUCGUUUCGUUCCUUUUAUUUUAUUUACCAAUAUUACAAGUUCAUUAGAUCUGGAUGACAUAUCAGUUGACCUAUCUCAUAGUUCGCAACCUAUACCACCGAUCAAAACGAUGUUCGAUUGUGAUUUCGAUAAAACGUUUUGUCCCGAGUUACUUUCUCUUUCUAACUAUUCUUACAGUUGGUCAAUGGUUCAAGCAGAACAAGCACAAAAUUAUACGAUACAAGCACCCGAUGUUGAUUACUCGAUUGGAGAUAAAACAGGUCAUUAUAUGUGGUUGAAUAAUUCAGAUUCGUUACAAUCGGGAGGUGCUGGAUAUUUAAACACACGUCCUUUUCAUUUCACAAUGUCUGAUGGUAUAUAUUGCCUCAGUUUUCAAUAUUAUCGAUUCGGUGUUACUUUUGAAACUAGUAAAUUGACAGUAUUAGCCUUAGAUGAGGAUAAUCAAAAGUCUGUUGACCAAAUUUGGCCUAUUGAUCCAAUAAACUAUACUUAUAUAAAUCAACGAUGGUCUUGGGCAUAUGCUCCGUUGCGUAUCGGGAAUUAUUCUCUUUUAUUUCGUAUGGAUUCUGAAUAUCAAGUAAAUAGUUCAUUUGCAAUCGAUUCUAUUUCUGUUAGCUCGUGCCAAUAUCCCCAAAAGUAUUUUUCUGCUAUUUCAAAUAUUGAAUUUGCCUGCGAUUUUGACUCUUCAAUGUAUUCAACAUGUGGUAUACAAAAUGAUUAUACUGAUCUUCGCCCCCAAUCAGCCCUGAAUUUUACCAUACAAUCGCCAAAUAAUAUCAAUGAUCGAGAGCUUGGUCCAAGACAAACAACAGGCUGGAGUGGUGAGGAUUUUUAUUAUUGGUCACGUUCUGCACAGACGUCAUCAAUAUUGACUAGUGGACAAUUUAAAACGCCUUUGAUAGAAACAAAUAGAGAUAUGUGUAUUAGAUUUGCCUAUUUUGUAAAUUCGACUAAUGUUCAAUCAAAUGAAAAUAAUACGAAGAUCGAUGUUUCUGUUCGUGGUUGUGAAACAGAAAAUAUUUGGUCAAUUGAAAUAGACAAUAGUUUAGGAUGGCAAUUAGUCGUCAAGUCUUUCAUUCCUAAUGCCUGUAGACAAGCAGUCUAUUUUUCUAUUACUCAACGACGACCAACACGUAUAGCUGUUGCUUUCGAUGAUAUUACUAUUGCACAGUGUGGUACAUUAAAUGUGCUAACUACUACUGAACCACCGAUUACGACACCUUCUAGCAAAACUUCAUCGAAUUCCAUCGAUUCAAUUGUCUUGAUUACUAGUUUACUCGUUGUACUACAAUAUGCGCUAUCAUUUAUAUAA